AUGGAAUCCUCGAACAGAAAGAAACAGGCGUUUAAGAGCCUUCUGUUCUUGUCAGUAUCUUUUCAGAUCGUCUUCACGGCUUACAUGGCCCUGCAGAAUCUUCAGAGUAGCCUGAACCAAGAAGCAGGGCUGGGAACUGUCUCUCUUAGCGCCCUGUACGCUUGUAUCAUUCUGUCGGGAACGCUGGCGCCUGUUUGUAUCUCCAAGAUCGGUGCCAAGUGGUCGCUGGUGGCGGCCUGGGUCAGCCACUGUUUGUACACAGGCGCCAAUUUCUACCCGCGUUGGGCGACGCUGGUUCCGGCAUCAGUCCUGGUGGGCGCACUCGCCGGGCCUCUCUGGACCUCACAGUCCGUGUAUUUAACGCACCAAGCUUACGUCUACGCCGACGCCAGCGGAGAGGCUUCAUCUGCGGUCCUCAGCAAGUUCAACGGCAUUUUCUUUACGCUGUUCGAAACGACGCAAAUUACUGGAAACCUCAUCUCCUCUCUCGUGUUGAAGGAGCAGCCUGACCCAGGUGACGCCUACAACGUCACGUCCGCGAACGUUACACUGACGUGUGGCGCUGACGACUGUCCAACGUCGGCUAACGCCACCGCUAUCGAGGAGCCGCCAACAUACGUAGUGUACACCUUACUGGGAGUUUUUCUGGCUUUGGACAUCAUAGGACUCGUCAUGACUAUCGCCUUCCUGCCGUCUCUUAACCGGAAGCCACCAAAAGAAGAGCUCAGCGUCCUGAAAUCGGCAUUGUCCUGUGGUAAAUUACUGACGGAUAGUAAAAUGUUCCUACUAGUUCCCUUGAUAUCAUUCAUGGCAAUGGAACAAGGGAUUCUCUGGUCAGAAUUCACAAAGUCAUACAUCAGCUGUGCCUUGGGUGUCGGCAUGGUUGGAUACAUCAUGGCGGCUUACGGAGGCUCCACGACUAUCUUCGCCUUCCUCUUUAGCCGAUUGGCUGAAUGCACCGGACGUUACGUCAUGUUUGGCCUCGCGGGCUCCGUCAACAUGGCGAUCCUCGUGCUGUUGUUGUACUGGCAGCCGACGUCUGACGCCAUUCCCAUUUAUUUCGUCCUGGUGAUCGUAUGGGGCUUGGCAGAAGGAAUAUGGCAGACACAGUCCAACGCCUUGGUAGCGCUGGUGUUUCAUGAGUCUCCAGACCCCGCCUUCGCCAACUACCACACGUGGAAAGCCGUAGGUUUCACGGUGACCUUCGCAUACAGUAGCUUCCUCUGUGUCUCCACCAAGCUCUACGUCGGUAUUGGAUUACUCGCCCUUGGAAUGCUGUGCUACGUCAUCGUGGAAGUGAAACUGAAAGUAGGUCAAUCCUCUGAAGGUUCUUACGAAGUCCCUUCCACAGACGAUGUCAAGAGUGACUCCAAAGCAAGCUACGAGUCGCAGAAAAACAAAGCUUUGCUUAAGAAUAGGUCUUGAUGAGGUGCAUUCAGUUGUCAGGAGUAAUAAGGUCGGUGCCUUGUGUUUUUGUAAGCCUAUCGUCUUAUGUUUUUUGCGCAUCGUCGGUUGAGUUGAGACCCAUGGUAGGAUGGGUUAUCCCUAUGUACAUAUAUAUCACGUACGUGGUAUUUAACAACAUAGAUGGCGCUAUUAUCCCUAUGUACAUAUCUAUCACGUACGUGGUAUGUAACAACAUAGAUGGCGCUGGUUGCCCAGUGUAACCGUCUAUCUGGUAUGUCAUGUGUAACAUCAUAGAUGGCGCCUCUUGUAACAUGAGAUCUUUACAUAUUAACGGGAAAGACGUAAUCGUCCGUUACUUUUGAAUCACAAUCUGAUCGGUUAGGGUCUGUAACGCUCGUCAUUUUCAAACUGUAUCUAAUACCGCUUAACCUGGGGCUAGGGGCCGUAAAGGUAGCCAUGUUAAUUACAUCAGCAUGAUGCCUUUAUGAACAGUUGCAAUUAAAGUGCGACUGAGAUACUUGUUUAAUUGUUAUUUGACAUGGAACUCAUUCACGGACUACGAAUUUGAACUAUGAUAUGGAAUUCAUGCCUGGAAUAUUCAUUGUCUGCCCGGCAUCAUUGAAAACUGAUGACCGCUUCUCUCUUGUGUGUUACCGGCCUUAUUUCUUAUUUAUAUAAUUUCUUACAUACCUUUGUCUUUGGGAGUUAGUGUUAAACGUUGUUUUGGAAAUGGAUCUUGCGAUUAUCGACUUGGAACGCCCUUUAUGGACUACGAAUGGUAUAGGAAUGUCGGACUUGACGCUUAUAUUUACACAGUGGUAGAUGUGUUUUGUCACGUCGGCGGAUGCGUUUUUCUACACUGCUCGACUUUUCUCCACUUCCUGUGAAAUUAGUCCAACACAUUUUUUGUUGUAUCGCCUUAUGCACUUUUGCGCAUUGCUGGAUGUGUUCUGACACAUUGGUAUGUGCGUUCUGACACAUUGGUAGAUGCGUUUUGCCACCUCGGCGAAUACGUUUUUCUACACUGUUCAACUUUUCUCCACUUCAGAUUAAUCAAAUGUAUUUGAGUAAGUCACAAACACACGUAACUAUAUGCACAUUCAAAACUGAAAUGUUAUAUGCAAUGUUAAAUACAGCAUUUUAUCUGUUGUGGAGAAGGGAAAGCGUUUGCAACGUUACCUUAACACUUUAAAAUGUUAAAUGAUCACUUUAAGGUGUUUAUGUCCGCAAUUUAUAGUUUCUUUCACAUUAAAAAUCUUUAAAAAAAAAUGCAAUCUGAGUUGCAAACAAUCAUUUUACGGCUUAGCAUUUUUAGAUGUUAGUAGUCACCUCUAACAGCAUUUAACACGUUGUAUUUUUGUUAAACAAUUAAAAAAUUCUAAAUAUCCGUGUUUUAAGUGUACGGCCCCCUCCUGACCGAGUUGCGCGCAUAUUGCCCCAGGAGGAUUAACGGCCCUGGGUUAUGGGACCAGUAUAGAUAUAGGUGUGUUAGCUACCUAGCUGGUGGGCGGAGUCUGUUAUACCUCAGACCAUUUUGGGCUCAAGUUGGACCAAAACUUUUUUACAGAGAACAUUAUUGGAAGAUGAAUGCUCAAUCUUGGCUGAAAUUGUACUAUUUUUCCACGGCAUAUAUAAAGAAUCGGAGAUUAAGAUUUAGUGAAUAUAUUUAAGAGUUUAAUUUGGAUUACAAUUUUAGGCUAUGGGACUGAAAUCGUUUUUUGAACGGGACUGAGUAUAUGGUCUCCACCGCCUAUAAGGACACCAUGGCUAUCUGUGGUACACGCAGUACCCUCAAA